AUGGCUACUACUGCAGAAAGUAAAGCAGUUAACGGCAAGCCCCAGCAGCAGAAGCAAUCCUCUGGUAAGCCAGAGGAUCAAUUCACUCCUGAGGGUUUGCAAAACGAUUCUGAAGGAAAAUCUAGUAAGACCAUCUCCGAGGAUAGAGCAAAGGAGAAUGUUACCAAUGAUGAAGUGGUAAGAGAGCCCAAAGAGGCUUCCUACGUUGGUUGGAAACAAAUUGGGGGCUGGCAAGAAAGUGAUACUUUGACCGCUGAGGAUGAAAUGAUUGAUUUAAAUAAAGAAACCUUUUUGGACAAUGUUUUGCCUGAUGUAGCCUACGGGGAUUGGUUCCAUUCAUUGGGUAUAUUGUUUUUGGCAGCAUUUUUGUCCUUCUUUAUUGGUUGGUUGGGAUUCUCCUUAGCAUCUGUAUUCUUUGUUGCCCUAGGUUCAUCGUUUUAUUACAGAACUUCUGUUAAGAAGUCCAGAUCUCUCAUUAGAGAUAAAGUGCAAAGAGAGCUCACUGUGCAAAAGAUUGAAGAUGACUACGAGUCUAUGGAAUGGAUGAACAAUUUCUUGGACAAGUAUUGGCCUCGUUUGGAACCAGGUAUAUCUCAAAUGGUUGUCCAAAACGUUAACCCAAUUUUAGCUUCUAACCCAUCAAUUCCAUCCUUCAUUAGUGCUUUAUGGAUUGAUCAAUUUACACUGGGUGUGAAACCACCUAGAAUUGAACAUGUUAAGACUUACCAAAACACUGAUUCUGAUAUUGUGGUUAUGGAUUGGGAUGUGGCUUUUACACCUCAUGACUUGUCUGAUAUGAAUGCUAAACAGGUUAGGAACUAUGUGAAUCAAAAAUUGGUUAUUAAGUUGGUUGCUUUUGGUAUAAGAAUUCCUUUCUAUGUCUCUAGUACUUCAUUCCAUGUCAAGACCAGAAUUAGAUUUAAAUUGAUGACGCCUUUCCCACAUGUGGACACCAUUAACAUCCAGUUGCUAGAAAUACCUGAUAUUGAUUUCAUUGCACGUCCCUUUGGUGAUUUUAUCUUUAAUAGUGAAAUUAUGAACAUUCCCUUGUUAUGGCCCGCUGUGAAAAAAUUGAUCCAAAUCUAUGUUGGUCCUCUGUUACUGCCACCAUUUUCAUUUCAACUUAACGUUCCACAAUUGCUUUCUGGUGCCACAGGUGCCAUUGGUGUUCUCAAGAUUGUCAUCAAGAAUGCUAAGGAUAUCAAGAAGGGUGAUAGUUUCAUUAACCAAUCUUUUAACCCUUACGUCAACUUUGAGCUAUCUGGUACUAGUGUCGCUAGAACUAAGGCUUGCAAAGAUACUUUGGAUCCUGUCUGGAACGAGGUCAAAUAUGUGCUAUUGAGUUCAUUUACAGAGCCAUUGGCUAUUACAGCAAUGAACGAACGUGAAAAAUUGAAAGACAAGGCUGUGGGUAGAGCAGAGUACAACUUGAGUUCCCUGCAAUAUCAAAACCACCAGAGAGACUUGUCUUGCAAUUUCUUGAGAAAUUUCAAGCCUGCUGGUUCCUUUAACUUUGAUUUGAGCUUCUUCCCUGUCGUUGGCUCCAAGAAAAUGCCUGAUGGUACAGUUGAAGAGCCACCAGAGUAUAAUACAGGUGUUGCUAAGAUUACCAUUGAAGAGAUUGAGGGUCUUGGUGAACCUCAUGAAAACGUUAGUGCGUAUGUGGAAUUGUAUUUUAACUCGAAGUUGAUUUUCACGACGCCGCAAGGUUCGGGAAAACAAGUCAUUCAAUGGAAUCAAGAACACGAAAACGUCAUCACAGACCGUCGUAAGUCAAGGUAUAAGAUGGUGGUCAAGAAUCCUAAGGGUGAAACCCUGGCCACUGUGAUUCAAUCUUUGAAUGACAUGAUCGACAGGACACAUAUUGGUAAGAAACAGUUACCUACGGCCGAUGGUAAGGCUCAGAUUAAAGUUGGCGCAAUUUGGAAACCAGUGGGUCUUGACAUUGGUUCCAGUGCUGUUGCUUAUACACCACCUAUUGGUGUAAUCAGAGUUUUCUUGAACAAGGCAGAAGAUUUGAAGAACUUGGAAAAGGUUGGUAAGAUUGACCCUUACGCUAGAGUUUUGUUGAAUGAAAGCUUUAAGGAGAGAACUAAUGAAAUUCCAAACACUUUGAAUCCUAUUUGGAACCAAUCUAUAUAUGUGGCUGUUACCUCCCCUAAUCAAAAGUUAUCUAUUGAAGUUAUGGAUGUGGAAACUGUGGGUUCAGAUCGUUCUGUGGGUAAAUUUGAUGUUAAAAUCGACGAUAUGUUCCAUAAGGGAGAAGAUGACCGUUAUGUUGAACAUGUUGAUGAUAAUCCAAGAACUGGUCGUUUAGUGACAAAGAAAGGUAUGAAAGGUGCUGUUACCUAUUACAUGGCCUUUUACCCAUGUUUACCAAUCUUGACCCUUGAUGAAAUGCAAGAAAUCGAUGAAAGUCGUCAAAAGGGUGAAGAUCUACAGAAACGCCAGGAAGAAAUGAAGGAUAAGACUAUUACUGAAGAAGAACAAAAUAAAAUGGACGAGGAGUUUGCCCAGAUCAGCGAUAUUAAGACAGUGUAUUCUAACAAGAUGAAAUUGGAGUUGGAAGAAUUGUUACAAUACAAUUCAGGUGUCUUUUCCGUCACCGUUCUUGAUGGUGAGUUGUCUCAAAUUGGUGCGUUCGUGCAAACUUUCUUCGAUUCUAGUGGACAUGCAAGAUUGGUGAGUCCAAAGAUUCCUACAAGGACUGUGCAGACCGGUUGGACCGGUGAUGUUAUGGUUAAGGAACUAGAAUAUUCUAUUACCACGUUUAGAGUCGUAAAGAAUAAGGACAAUAACAAGGCACAACCAUGUAUCUGUGAAGUUACUAUUCCAACCAUUGAAUUGGUGAAAAACUGUUAUUACAAGCCAUCUAUUUUGACUUUAUCAGGUGAAGGUAGUGCCAAAUUGAUGUUACAAGUUUCUUGGUUCCCAGUUGCAGUCUCUAGAUUACCACAAGCAGAUUUGAUUACCAACAGUGGUGACUUGACAGUUACCGCAAAGGCUGCUGAGAAUUUGAUAUCAGCAGAUAGAAACGGUCUAUCUGAUCCAUUCUUAAAAUUCUUCCUCAACGAUGACAAGAGUCCAAUCUUUAAAACCAAACGUAUUAAUAAGACUUUGAAUCCUACAUGGGAUGAGACAGCAACUUUUGAAAUUCAUAACCGUGUCAAUGACUACUUGCGUAUUGCUGUUAUGGAUUGGGAUGCAGGUAAUGCUGAUGAUUUGAUAGGUAGAGCAGUGGUUUCAUUGUCUAAGAUUGAUCCUGAAAACCCUGCCGAUUUGGAUCUACCUAUUGUUAGUGAAGAUGGUGGUGAUGGUGGUAUAUUGCACUUAUCUUUCAAAUUUGCUCCCCGUUAUACCAAUACCGUUCAUAGACCUGAAAAGAAAGUGGGUGAUCUUGCUACUAAAGGGAUUGGUGGUGGAUUUAAAGUCGGUGCGAGUGUCGUCAACGGAGGAUUUGGCACCAUUGGUAAACUUGGUAAAACUAUGUUUGGCGGUAAAAAGAAUCACUAUGUGGCACAAGGUGUUUAUAAUGCUGUGCUAUGA